CCUUUUGAAUGACCAUUGACCAACAAAGCAAAACGGAAAGCAGGGCGAAGUUCGGACACCACUCGAUUAGACAACAUUUCGCUAAUUAAUUUACGGCCACUUUUCAGGCUGGUAUCUUAAAGAUACGGCUAUGAAGUUGGGACCAUCCAGGUUUGGUAUGUUGGGAAAAGGCUGAAUUUAAGCAAACGGAUUUUCGACGUCAGCAGAUGGAAGAACCAAACUAAAUGCUUAAACUGAAUUUGUCAAAUGGAUGCUUUUGAGGGACUUCACCGUGUCCAGCUUUCCUCUUCUCACCCGCCUCCAGUAUCAACUGGCCCAGGAUAUGAGGUCCUAAUCGGCCAGUCUGGGAUUGCAGUGUACUCCUCUUCUACUUUCUUUGGUAAACCAGGUGCAGUGGUGCAACGAGGACCUAAAUAUAGGUCAACCAGAGAGGCUGAGAGGGAGAGGUGUGCUGUAGGAAGAUUGGUAGACCUGGAGCCAGAACCGGGGCCCGGAGCAGAAGGUGGCGGGCAGGCUAAGCCCAUGCCUGUGGAACAGGAAACCCGGGGAAGGGAGCACGACAUCUCCCGCCUCAGGAGUUCCUCCAUAGAGAUCCGAGAGAAGGGCUCAGAGAUCCUGAAGGAACAGCUGGAUACUGCACAGAGGGAGCUGAAGCUGAAGGACAAGGAGUGUGAACGUUUGUCUCAGAUCCGGAAUCAGCUUGAGCAGGAGUUGGAGGAGCUCACUGCCAGCCUGUUUGAGGAGGCUCACAAAAUGGUGCGUGAAGCCAAUGUCAAACAAGCAGGAGCAGAGAAACAGCUGAAGGAGGCACAGGGCAAAAUUGACGUUCUUCAGGCCGAAGUGACAGCUCUAAAGACUCUGGUGCUGACCUCCACUCCAUCCUCCCCAAACCGACAGCUCCACCCCCAGCUGCUCUCCCCCAGCACGAGAGGGGCUCACAGGCACACGCGCAAUAAGAGCGCUAGCGGCGCCCUCCCGUCCACACCAGGCCACGUAGACUCUCCCUCUGUCCCCCAGCUGCCGGCCACCAAGGAGGACAAAGAGAUGGACUCGGUUCUCUUUGCAGAGUUCCUAUCUUGGCGGGAGCGGCCCGGUCUCGACCGCUCCUCUGCCUUCCUCGGUCGCAUCUACAGGGAGGACAUCGGGCCCUGUCUUUCCUUCACUCGGUCUGAGCUGUCACAGUCGGUGCAGAGUGCAGUGGAGAACAAUUCCUUGACCAUCGAACCGGUGGCCAUUUCAGCCCUGCCAAUGGUCAAAGCCUCCGCCAUCGAAUGUGGAGGGCCUAAUGGUUUGAGAGCAGCGGUAGAAACGAAGUGUGCACUAAGUGGCAUGUCCCGGUCCUGCUGUCAUCGCAUAAAACUCGGUGACAAAGAAAGUUACUACUACAUCUCUCCAUCCAGCCGAGCACGGAUCACAGCUGUGUGUAACUUCUUCACCUAUAUCCGCUAUAUUCAGCAAGGACUGGUCAGACAUGAUGCAGAGCAGAUGUUUUGGGAGGUGAUGCGUCUGCGCAGGGAGAUGACUGUGGCCAAGCUGGGAUUCUUCCUUACAGACCAGGGAUGAGAAUUGGAACACAGAGACAGAACAACCUUAGUCACAAGCACAGAACCAGAGCAAGAAGACUCAUGGAUUCCAGAUAAACACUCACAUAGAUAGAUCUAUCUUAGGUCACCAUAUUUACAUACAUUUACAUUUAUUUGGAUUCAUGUAAAGCUAGAGCCCUUAAAAUUGGUUAAGUAUUUGUGCAACAAACAAGGGAAGUGGAAAAUGCUACAGCUUUGCAUAGAAUUGUGUGUUUUCUAUCAACCAGCACUCUAUCAAAGAAAUAUAAUUGUAGCAUCUGAGCUCCCAUGGCACACUAAAGAAAACAAAACGUUAGUCAUUAGAAAGUUAAGAAGUCUAUUAUGUCUUCACAACUGUAGCAGUGCUCACAGAUAAUGUGGAGGUCAGUUACCAUGGCCUUGUAUUGAUACUGAAAUCACUUAAUGUAACCGACAGUAGUGAAACUAAAAUAGUCUUGGGAACCGAUAAGAAUUGAUUGUGGUUGAAGGUUAGGCGUUAGCUGGAAGUGUUGACAUUGCUUUUUUUUAUCUGAGAAGAAUCUUGUUAUAUUUUAUGUAUGAGUAUCUUUAGUCAGAAUAGAUUAAUUAUACACUCCACAUACACGGGAUUGUACCAUUAAAAUGUUCACACAGAAGCCACAAAUAUGCGUCAGUAUGCUAGGAGGCCAUACAUAUGUUGUCAGAUUGCACUCCUGAAGUGUUGCCAUACAGGAGACCUGAUGCUGAUGAAGCCUUAUGGUUUACGUUCUUGCACUAUAGUUUAGAUGUCUUCCCAGAACCAUAUAUGCUUUGAGAAUAUAGUUUUGCCCUUGGUCGGGUUCUCAGCAGAAGCAGCAUGUUUGCCUGCUAGUAAGUCAAACGUACCUAAUGAUGACUAGAUCAUUAUAGAAGGUAAUGUCCUUCCCGAAUCUCGCAAUACACAGUGUGCAAGUACAGCUUGAAUAUUCUAGUUCGAACAUGAAACAACUUUAAUUGUUUGUACUAUGCGCCUCUUUCGCCGUUGUAGUUCUUUAAAAUGCCCCCUGCUCUUUGUGUAUAAGCCAUACUUGACCAAGUGAUGCAUGAAUACAUAGCCAUAUGUACAGUAGUGGGUACAAGUCAUAUUACCUCAGUGUGUCUUUGAUUUGAGCUACCUUUGCAUGAAGAAUACUGAACAUGAAACCAAGUGCAAUAAUGGUUUCCUUACCUUCAUAUACAAUCAAGUUGUCAUUUCAGUAUAAAGGCAAAUAUAUAUUUAAGUUGUCAUUGCAAUAUAGAAGCAGCACGUAUGUAUUCAGUUAUCUUGCUAUCUCACUCCAUUAGAAGACAAUAAAUAUUUGGCCGCAAC